ACGUCGUCUGUACGUAUAACGUCACCCGUGCGUGCUGUGCUGCUGAGCAACCGAAGAGCACAGAGUACAAUGGAGGAUCUGAGACAGGAAAAUCACUCUGUACAAGAGCCCGAAGUGAAACUUGAUGCGGAAAACUGCAGAUGUGAUCAGGACUGGACUGAUAAGAUCUGAGCCAACAUGCCCCGCUCAGCAGUCAAAUCCCAAGCUGACAAGCGUCAACGUAGGCCAUCUGUCCAAAUGACCACACCUUCAGUAGAGAACAUGGAAGAUGAAGCAGUUAUAUCAGGAUGCUUAACUAAGGCCCAAUGGAUAAGCCAGUUGAUCCAGGAGGAUGCAGAUGAGACAGUAGGGGAAAUCAUGGAGGACCUGUUAAGCCGAGUCAUGGAAGGAUGUUUCAAGGUGUACAUCAAAAACCAGAUGGCACCUUUCUCCACAUCCUGGGCCAAAAGCUACCACAAACAGACUGUAGAGCAGAAAAUCAUGUGCCUGGAUGAAAGAGACAUACCAGAGGAAGUAGCUGAAACAGAAGAUUCAGAGCCUCUGCCUACAAUUUUCGACAGCUGGGCUCAAGGAUGUGUGCUUGUAAUUCAAGGUCCUACACAACAACUUCACCCCACUCAGCAGCAGGUGGCUGAUAUUAAGCACAUCCCACCACAGGUGGACCCAAGUCCAAACCAACAAUGCAGCGCAAAAGCUCAAAAAAGAAGUUCCCCAAAGCAAUCUCAGGAUCAAAAGAGUCCAAGGAGACCCCUCACAGAUGAGUGUUGUAAAGUGUUUACUCCUCACCCACCACCAAAACUUAUUAGGAAAAAAAUACAGCCUGUAAAUCUACCUCCUAAGCCAGUUCAAAGUAAAUUGCUGCCACCUCUGUCCUGUUCAGCAGAGAGAAGGGAUGGAGAGGUAGGCAGUAAAAAUACACGACAUUCGAUUUCUAGUCACAUGACUGGGUCAUUUUAUCAACAAAAGAUCAGCAAACCCAUACCAAAGCUUGAUCCCUCCUGCCUGCCUCAACACUGCAUCUUUCCUCAGUAUGAGAUUGUGGAUGAAGACUGCACUAAACCAGUCUCUAAGAAACCAAGUGGACUAUCCAAGCUUGAACCAAGGAAAACUUCCCUGAAGAACUUGACUAAAUCUACAAAUAAACAAGAAGGUAUGGUUUCCUCUGGGCCUUUAAGAUUGGACACAAUGGGUUUGGCCAAAGGUGUUUCUCUCCUGGAUUCUCAGACAGUUGACAUGAACUCUCUCAAGUUAAAUCUUCCUGCCUUGUCUACCAAUCUGAAGCCAAUACGAAGGGAUGUAGUGGUGCCGAUGUUUUCUGUUGAUCAGGUUACCACAGGUCUAUCACCUCAGGUCACCCACUGUUUCAGUUCAACAACUGUGACCACUGACGAUAAAAUGUAAUAAUAUGUAUCAGUAGCUGUAUCAAGAGCUGAGUGAGCUAAAAGUUUAUGAAAUAAAAAGAUCUUUUUUUAUAC